AUGUCCACAAACCACUCCAUUGCAGCCUCAAUUCACAUGGCAAAUUCCAGCGGUGUGCAGAUUCCCUCACGAAAGAUGAUAAUAGUUGAGGAACACCCGCAGAAUAAGAGACAAUGGAAUGAGAAAGCUACCGGCUCUGUUCCCUUCCACCCCAACGAGCCGAACCUCCAUUUUGUGCGACCAAUUAAGAAAAACCGGCUGCCAUCACCUAACCCCAACAAUCGCAAUUCAGAGGGGAUAACCUUCUCAUGGGUCAAUGGCCGGCUUUCGGCGGAUGAAUGUGAGGCAUUGAGGAGUAUACUGACAAGAUUUAGAUCGAAUGGCACUCGUUUCCGAGAGUAUUUUUAUCUUCAAGUCCUAAAAAGCUUGGACCUAAAGACAUGUGCAUAUAUCCUGAAACUCUGGAUGGGGGUGAUGGGCCCGCUACUGCCAACUACGUCAUCAACCGGCCUCACUUUAAUGGGGUUGGAGGAACACGAUACCCGCGGGGCGCUUUGUUACAUAUUACAAGGAAGCCAAGGCGCAAAGCUUCCGUUCCUGAAGCUCCGCGAAGCUCUGUGGUCACCUGGUAUAGAGGUCGAAGAUAUCCAUGAGGUAGAAAAGCUCUUACUCCUACGUGAAAUGGAGGAGCUGGAACAGGAACACAAUAUUUUAACCUAG